AUGAGCAUCAGAGAAGGACGAGGCAGACCUCGUAGGGAUUACCCAUCUUCGAGAUCAGAAGAGAAGUCCCACCAUGGCCGAGGAAACAAUCCUCCAUCAAGGCACCUUUGGGCAGGGAAUAUUUCUCACAGCAUAAGUGAGAAAACUUUAGCCAAUUAUUUUUUACGUUAUGGAGAUCUUGAGAGCAUUGCAUUCCAAGCAGGAAGAAGCUACGCUUUUAUUAAUUAUAGAAAUGAAGAAGAUGCCUUUGCUGCAAUUAAAGAGCUUCAAGGCUUUGUUAUUGGAGGGAAUCCACUUAAGAUUGAGUUUGCUAAACCGGAAAAAUCAUUACCAGCAUCACGUGAUGCAGACUACUCAGAAAGGCGGGAUGAUCCGUAUCCCAAGCCCAGAGAGUCUUCAUUUUCCCCUCGGGACUCCAGGGCACGUCACUCCAGUCCUGAGCCAUUACAUAUAAGUAAAUCUAAGACUGGCGACAAAGAUUCAGAACCAAGUGAAGUCUUGUGGGUCGGAUUUCCCCCCAACAUGAAAAUGGAUGAAUACGUAUUGAGGAAGGCCUUUUCACCAUUUGGCGAGAUUGAGAAGAUAACUGUAUUUCCUGGUCGCACUUAUGCCUUUGUCCGUUUCCGAAGUGUGAUGGCAGCCGCUAGAGCGAAAGAAGCACUGCACGGGAAAUUAUUCGGAAACCCGCGUGUGCAUAUUUGUUUCGCAAAGAACGAGUCCGGGCUAUCCAACCGAGAGAGAAUCCCAACAGAUGAUUCGCUGUCCCCACGUUUUAGAUCAUAUGAACACGAAGAGUCUUUCGAACACGUUCGACAUGGCAGAGACUUCGACAGAGAUCCCAACAUUAAAUCUCCACCGUACAUUCCAAAAUACGGUGCACGCGAGCGGAUGAGGUUCCCUGCGCAUGGGUCUGAGGUAGGGUUAUCUGGAGAUACAUAUGAGCCUCUGGAUAGCCCUAAAAGGAAGAACGUAUGGGUGCGUAUUCGCGAGUUCUCCCCUCAAGAAUUUCCUCGAAAAGGUCAGAUCUAUGAUGAUGACCCAUGGGAUUUGCCUGAGGAUGUAUCAUUUUUGCGUGGGCCAAAGAAGCUGAAGACUGAAAGCACAUUUCUGAUUGACAACGAGCUUCCGGAAUAUCCACUAUCCGAUCUGGAGAAACAAAAACGUGUCCUGCCACAUGACAACCCCCGCCGCAGGCCCGUUGAUAAGGACGAUGAGUCCAGAUACGUAGGGUACAGGCCAAUUGUUCCACAGCGUUUAAUGAAUAUGGCCCAACCACUUGGGGAAAGGGUCGAUCAAUGGAACUUGCCACGUGAUGAAUUUCAGGUUGCUCCGGCCCAGUUGCCUCUCAUGGAUCGGCAGAGGUUGACCCCCGAGAGACGUCAAUCAUCUUUGAAAGAGAUAUGGAAGUGGGAGGGAAUGAUAGCCAAAGGGGGGAACCCCAUAUGUCGUGCUCGAUGCUUUCCUGUUGGAAAAGCACCUGACAUGAUCCUGCCUGGAUGCUUGGACUGCACAGCAAGGACUAGUUUAGACAUGCUCGCAAAGAAUUACUACCAGGCGGCUAGUGCUUGGGUUGUCUUCUUCGCCCCUGCCAAUGAUCCUGACAUUUCAUAUUACAAUGAAUUCAUGAACUAUCUUGGGGAGAGACAGCGUGCUGCUGUUGUAAAACUGGACGAAUUGACCACUUUAUUUCUCGUCCCUCCUUCUGAAUUCUCUGAAAAAGUUCUAAAAGUACCCGGCAGGCUGAGCAUUUCCGGAGUCAUCUUAAGCCUAGAAACUCCAGGUUUAAGCUACGGGCCCACACCUCUAACCGAAAACCGAGAACCGUCUUCAUCCACGACUUUCCAGGGCCAUUCAGUGCACCAUAAACCAUUGUCGCCUUCCGGGCCUUACUUGCCAAAUCCACCCUUCGCUAAUUACGAGAGACCUGGAAUAAAUGUGGGAUCUGUUCAUGGAAAUUCUUCAUCGGGCGGACCCCACUGGCCCAAUCACGAUUUCCACAGUUCGAAUCCUUUGAGCAGAAUUGGCUCCGAGAACAUUUCAUCGGCUCCCGCAGCUGGACUCCCACCUGAAAAACUGUCCCAGCUGGCAUCAUCUCUUCUCGGACAACAGGGGCAAUUUAGUCAAUCUGGAAACCCGUUUGUUAAAACAUCACAGUAUUAUGCGGCACAGAAUAACGAGCAGGGGCUUUCGGAUUUGGGGCAAUCACAGUUUGGUCAAAUGCUGCAGCAGCAGCAGCAGCAGCAAUCGGCAGGGUUAGGUUCGUCUCAGGCAAGCCAGCAGCAGUUCCAGAAUCCCGUGCAGGACGAUGAUAGUGAGGGCGACCCACAGAAACGUCUGCAGGCGACCCUCCAGCUAGCUGCGAGCCUUCUUCAGCAAAUUAAGCAAGGGAAAGGAAAAUGA